UUUGCGAAGUAGGGCUUUCCUUCGGAAGAUUAAAAGCGAUUCACAUUUUGGGCGCCAUUUUGGCUGCAUGUGAGCUUUCCUCUUGACAAGCAGCAUAUUUGUCUUGCUUGAAGGUGACCAUACAAGUGAAUAAAAUCAUCUGAAAUGGCUUCGCUGCGUGUUGUGAGGAGGAUGUUCUCCGCGGCGGCAGAAACAGCAGCAUCUCCGUUCACAAACAGCCGAUGGGAGCGGCUGAAAAACAGUAAAGCAGGUGUGUGGUGUCGCGGCCUGGUCUCUGACUACAAAGAGGCGUGUCGGGAGAUAGUUGUUGGUUCAUGGGAGCGACCGGUCAAAGCCUCUGUAUAUGCCUCUCUGCUUGGCGGGGCCUUGGCCUGUUUCUACACAAAACCUGACCACUUGUCCUUUGAAACCACCCUGCUGGAGUGCUCCAACCAGCUGGGCCUUCUGUCACCGUGGAUCCGCAAUGGGACAUCUGAUGGCCACGUACAGAGUCUAGUGAAGCUUCGUAACGAGGGACGGCUACAACAUGCCAGCCUGGGUCUUCUCUCUCUGGUUUACCGCUCUGAAUACGACCCAGACACCACACUGUACGAAGCCCACUGCUCCAAUCUGUCAGCACCCUGGAGGGAGCUGCCUCAGCGGAUACUAGAUGUGGGCUUCGUCCACCGCUGGUGGGUGCUGAACUCAAAGAUGAAGGACUAUGAUGUGAACGAUGAUGAGUUCAAGCACCUGCCACCACACAUGCAGGUGACGUCGCCACCCACUGUUCAGGAAGUGGAAAGGAGCGAGAGGUUGCACAAAGAGUCCUGGUUAGCGCUGAAAGAGGGGGAACAGGAGAAGGAAACGGAUGUAGUGGAAAGAAAGGAUGAGAGUGUCAGUGAAGAGGGGCAAAUAUAAGCACUGAAAGAGAAGCGUGUGUUGAAAUUUAGAUUGCAGGGCAAAACAUGCUGGAUACACAUCUGUACCAGGGUAGUUGUUUUCAUUUUCAAUACAGUUCUUGAAUCAACAAACCAUUUUUAACAUUUUGCAGCUAACAACUGUCCAAACUGUGAACUGCCAUCUUAAACGGCCGAGGAAAUCCAUAGCUUUGAUUAGUCAAAGUAAAAGCUGCCCUAAGAUGUUUUUAUUUAUUUACCAAUGUCUGUAUCACAAAAAAGUAAUGCAGAUCAUAUAAACCAUGAACCAUAUGUCAAUACAUUUUUAAUUUAUACCCAGAUGUCUUACUGAUGUUUUGUCCUCACAAUUCCAAUAAAAUGUUUAUACAGACCUUCAGCCUUUUACUUUGACAGAUUUUGAGGCAAAUUUAAGAUUUUUCUACUUUUAAGAUGUACUGACUUCCCUUCAAACUGCUUUUUCAACUUUUACAUGAUUUAUACAUUUUCCUUUACUGUAGCUGUGCCUCUCUAGUCUUUCAAUCUGACAUUUACCUGUGUAGUUUCAAAUAACAGAAAUGCUAUUAUUAAUCCUUAUAAUAAAGUUUUGGGAUUAUCACGGUUAUGUGUUUGAACAUGUCAACAUCAUAUCCUGUUUUCUUAAACAUGGUUAAGCCAAUAUAGUCCAGAGGCUUUGAGACCCAAAAUUUAACGUACUGGUACUAUCUGGGUCGUUAAAUUCUAGUUGUGAUCUUGGAGAGAGAGAGAGCUCACACCGACAUUGCUGUGCUAGGAGUUGGACCUAGUUGUCGCUACUAUGUGGGAAAAUGACUUUCCUCCCAAAGACAGACAUCAUGAUGCAAUUACAAAUAUCCCUAACAAGAAAAAGAGAGUUGACAUGGCUUUUACAAUAUAUGUGAUUUAAUAUUUUCUGAUAUAUACUUGCAGCCAACAAAUAAUGUCCUCAUACGCGUGUUAAAUUGUUACUAACCUUAUACAGUGCUGUCACUCACAAAGCCAUGCUGUAGCAUUCUAUAAAACUGGCAAAUCCUGGAAUAAUUAGAU